CCAAAUGACGUCAUAUCUAGGCAACGGAGUAGCGUUAUACCGUUCAAGUUUUCAACAAAACAAACAAAGAAAAAAAUAUUGAAAUAAUGGGUAUCGGUUAUUUGCUUGAGCGCAAAUAAGACGACGAAUAUAGAGCCAUGAAAAUGGUAUCUUCCAAGCAGCCUGAGCAAGCGGUAGCGCAGUCUACGUACAGAGAAAGCUACAAGGGCGUUAUGCCUCUGUUGCCCGUGAUCAGAUAUAAAACUCAUCCAGGGCUUUGUGACCAGGAGAAUCAGCUGCAUAGAAACAAUGCUAGGAUCGAUGUUUCGAUUCCGCCUACUAGUAUGUUCCAGACCACAAGAGUCCAGCACUCCCAGGCAACAUCAAACAGGUUGUCGGCACGUUCAGGUUUUGAAAUAAGAAAAGACCAACCCACUUGUAAAAGCCAUUGCCCACAAAAGGUUUUCGACACCAAGUUUGGACCAAUGGACAUGGAGACUAUAGAGCAAUUGUACAACAAAACUCGCUACUCAACAUGCGCCCAGAUUGCAGCCAGAGAAGUAUCGGUGCCUAUGUUCAAACUCGAUCCUCCGACGACGACGCGGGAAAAGGCCCCGGAUAUGGUUCGCCCGAGAGGCCAGCGCUACGAGAGCCGACCGGAAGAGUGGCAGGACGCCGUGCUUUGGGACCGCCUUCAAAGCCGCCCGGAAACCAACGCACGACCGCGCAGUGGCUCCCGGCAGAGGCUGCUUCAUAUACGGAAAAACAAGGAAGAAAUACCACUUGAAGUCCUCGACAAGAUUCGGGAUCAUGUGCGAACUGACAAUCUCGCAAGUGUUUUCGUGAAGAAAUGUCCCGGGUACUUGGGCUAUACCCCCAUGUGUCCACCGGAAACACGACUCGACGACCGGAAGAGUCCACCGGAAAUGACCAGCUUGAUGCGGGCGUCAUACAGACGUUUCCCUGACAACAUUUACGAACGUGAGAAGUACGCACGCCAAGGUCCCUUUUCGAAGACGGUCACACUGACGUUUCCUUUUAACCCCUUCAACAAGAAAGGGCAAGACAGAUUCGACGUGGAUAGAGAGUCCCUGUAUACCAAUAUCAAUAUGAAAGAAAUUAAGAUUUUAAGCAAUUUAUAACUUUAGAGAGACUUGUUAAAUUUCAAGACAUUAAGUGGCUUUAAUCAGAUUAAAUUUACAUAAUAAAUACUGGUGUUUUAUUAUAUUCAGUAUGUGUGAAUACAUACUUCAUUGUAUGAUGUAUAUUUUGUAUUGCAUCUUUAUUAUCGUUAUAUACAUAAUGAUAUAAAUAAAAAAACUUA